AUGAAAACUAACGAUCACAAACAUGGCAUAACGGGGCCAGGGCUGCCGCACCUCACCGAAGCACUUCUGGAGAAGAUGGGCAUUUUGCCUCUGGGGUCACGCCUGCAGAUCCUGCGCUGCCUUCAGAAGCUCUGGCAGGUCUCAGAUAAGUCAAUGAAGGUGUUGAACGACCCCAUCCACGGCCACAUCGAGCUGCACCCCCUGCUGCUGCGCUUCAUAGACACGCCUCAGUUCCAAAGGCUGCGCCACAUCAAGCAGCUGGGAGGAGCCUACCUGGUGUUCCCCGGUGCAUCCCACAACCGCUUCGAGCACUCCAUCGGGGUGGGAUAUCUGGCUGGUUGUCUGGUCCAGGCUCUCAUUGAAAGACAGCCGGAGCUCCUCAUAACGAAGCAGGAUGUGCUGUGUGUGCAGAUUGCAGGCCUGUGCCAUGACUUGGGUCACGGGCCGUUUUCUCACAUGUUUGAUAGCAUGUUCAUCCCUAAAGUUCGACCUGGUGAGAAAUGGAAGCACGAGAUAGCCUCGGUUAAGAUGUUUGACCACCUGGUGAAGGUCAACAGUCUGGAGGAGGUCAUGGUGCACCACGGGCUGACUCUGCCUGACGACCUGAAUUUCAUUAGGGAGCAGAUCAUCGGGCCGCUGGACAACCCCAUCUUGAACAGAUCGUGGCCAUAUGAGGGCAGGCCGAUGGAGAAAUCGUUCCUGUACAAGAUAGUAGUAAACAAAAGAAACGGUAUCGAUGUGGAUAAGUGGGACUACUUCGCGAGGGAUUGCUAUCAUCUCGGCAUUCAGAACAACUUCGACUACCGGCGCUUCCUCAAAUUUGCGCGAGUGUGUGAAGUGAGAGGAAAGAAACACAUCUGCACCAGAGACAAGGAAGUUGGCAAUCUCUACGACAUGUUCCACACUCGUAACUGCCUCCAUCGCCGGGCGUAUCAGCACAAAGUGGGCAACAUCAUCGAGACCAUGAUAACGGAGGCUUUUGUAAAAGCUGAUCCUCAUAUUCAGAUCCAGGGCUCUUCUGGGAGGAUCUUCAGCAUCUCUUCAGCUAUAGACGACAUGGAGGCCUACACCAAACUCACAGGUGCCUCACCUUUCCGUGUGUCCAAACUGCUGCCAGAGUGCUUCGCCGAGCAGCUGAUCAGGGUUUACUUUAAGAAGACAGAUGACAAGAGCCUAGAAGCUGCUAAGAAGUACUUUGUCCAGUGGUGCAUGGACAGGAACUUCACCAAACCCCAGGUGUCCAAACUGCUGCCAGAGUGCUUCGCCGAGCAGCUGAUCAGGGUUUACUUUAAGAAGACGGAUGACAAGAGCCUAGAAGCUGCUAAGAAGUACUUUGUCCAGUGGUGCAUGGACAGGAACUUCACCAAACCCCAGGAUGGAGACGUCAUCGCCCCAGAGCUCACCCCACUCAAACGGGACUGGAACACGCUGGAGCGAGACGGCGAGGACAGUGAUGGCAGCGAUGAACACAGUCGUCCCAGAACGAGAGAGGAAAUGCCCAGGAAGACCGGGCAUAAUGUGAAAGUCAGCCUCUUUCAAGCUCAGGAGGAACGCAGACUCUGAACCACUGGCCAUCGCAGCGUUUCUCUCUGUGACCAGAUGCUCAUUCUGUCACAGAGUGUUUUUGAGCUUCAUUUAAACUGUGUUUGCCUCUGUUUGCUUUUAUUUUCAGCUUUAAUAUCAUGUUCACAGCCAGGGUUUUAAUGCAACUCGCACCUCUGACACAGAGACACUUUAUUAUACAUCAGUCCAGAAUGAAUGUCUCUCUUCUCCAUCCAUCAUGUUUCGAUGCAGAGGGAAAAGUUAAAUGCGUUUUGGCAUUCUUUUUUUAAUAUUAUUUUUUUAAAACUUUUUAUCAGGGACUCACUGUUACUUCUUUCCUUCUGUUAAUCGGCCCUCCACUCACUCGCAGUGUGGAGAAACUCAUGUUAUAAUGGCUCUCGAAGGUGAUGGCAUUUUCUAUAUCUAUAUGUGAGCACUAUAACUAUAUUUUUUUAGACUUCAGCCUCUUUGUAUUACAGUACUGGGUGAUGGUGGCCUGAUUUUCUUGGAUCUGGUUUCAGAUGUUCUCAUCUUCUCAUCAGUACAGGCUUUUGCUGUGAACAGAAAUCUGACUCUGUUAUGCUCGGUUAUAUUUCAGUCUGUACUGACGUAUUAAAAGUCACAGCACAAUCUCAUCAAGGCUCUUGUACAGAAAAAGGUUCCCUUGAGGAACAUGUUGCACAUGUGAUGCUUGGAGAUGUCAUGCUGAAACAAUGCAAACUCAAUCAACAUCUCAAAAUCCAGAGCAUGCAAAUAAAAAUCCAGUCAUGUAAUUCUUUGUUUUAAUGUACGACUCGUGGCCUGAUAGUGAACAUGUCAUAAAGCACAGAG